AUGGCGGAGAUAUUUCUCGACAAAACGAUCAGCUCGCUGUCAUCCGACAAGCAAAAGGCGCGCUCAGAUGGCUUAGCAGACUUGAAACACAUUCUUCAACAGAACAAGAAGAGCUCCAAGCUGCAAACCCUCAACGAUAAAGCCUGUCAUAAGAUUUUUGAGUCCCUUUUCCGGUUCGUUGCAACAGAAAGGUUGACAUUCAAUCGCGCGCCGAAUUUCAAAAGCGCUUCCGCAUCUCGACUCUCAACAUGUGCCUCUGUGCUCCGAUUAGCAGUCGAUCUCUUUUUGAAAAAUGUGAGGAUUAAAACGGUCCGAGCCAUCGUUGAUCACAUCACUGAAACCAUUCCAUCCCCCGGAGAAGGUAUAUGGGAUCAUCUGAGUGCGGACUACACCAAGUGUUUAGCGUCGCUUCUCCGAUAUCGCCCACAUGCAGAGCAUCUUGAUGGAGAGGACUGGGAAAACAUUUUAAGCUUUUGCCUUGCUGGAAUACGUGUAAAGGAGAAUGACAAUCAGCUAAGCAUUCGAAGCGGUUAUCGAUCUACCCCCGAAGAUCCCGAUGCCAGCGACAGUCGUUCGACUCCUUCGCGAAUGACCCCUGCCCCAAUCAGCAGAGAAAAUCAGGGCAGUAGCAGAAAUGUUCACGAAGCACUCGUGCUUUGUAUCCAACUUCUGACAUCAGUGCCUAACCCUCCUGUCCAAAACACAGCGAAUACCAUCCUUCAUGGACUGAUUGAUUUUGUCAAAUCGCCUUCAAUUGUAGCUGGGAAUACGCACCAGCUCGCCUUUAGUAGCAUCAAUGCAGUCAUUACCAAAAUCAUGUUUGAUCAGACCGAGCUUGCCCGCUCAUCUCUGUUGAGCCUGGUUCCAGUAAUUCGACAAUUGUGGUCGUCCACCAAGCUACAGGCCCUCAAGGACGAAUUGAUUGUCACUUUAAUGUUUUCCAUGAUCAUACUGGUGGACACGGCUCGACGAGACCCCUCCGAGUAUUUGGCGCAUGAAGUGGAAGGAUUAGCAAUUACACUCCACUCAGAAUAUGUGAGGCGUUCUGAAAGAGAGGCCCUUCAGGUCGACGAUAUUAUCUUUUACCAAAAUUCAACUGCAGACCACAGCCGACCGAUAUAUGGGCCUCGUUUUGGAAGUGCAAAAUCGGAAUUCAACUGGACCCUCAUCUGGAUCAUCGCGGAGCUAUUGAAGCUCUCGGAGGAUAUUAAUACUGUUAAUAACCCUGAGUCACAACGUGUUGGUUCAAAUAAAAGGCAGCGCUUCAGCUCUCAUCUUCAGGAUAUUCUUCGCGACUCGAUCUCUUCAACAAGCACCCGACGAAUCUGUGCAUUGCAGCUUGUACCUUUUAUUGAGACUAAUCUUGACGCAGAAACUAAAAUUUCCAUUUUCAAGCGGCUCGUUCUAAGCAUCACCGAUGACCAUGCUUCUGUGUCGUACUGGACAAUGGUUGCUCUGGCAAGCAUUGCGAGCGGAGCAACUGCAAAGUCGCCGGAGCUCAAAAGCCAAUGGCCAAGGGUAGUCGACUUGACUGCACGCGCGUUCUCUUCGCCACUCACAUCAAGAGCUGCGUGUAACCUGAUGAACGUUGUGCUUCAGUCCGGGUUAUUGGAAUAUUCGGAGGCAAUGGAAACGACACGUUCGAUUCUGUCUUCUGCUAAUUUGAAUGGACCAGCGGCCAUAUCAGACUCAUCUCUAAGACUCUGGGCGUUUAUUGCGCAGUCGAGGACACAGCUGGAUCCUGGAUCGUCUCAAAAGGCAUCUAUGCAGAUUUGCGGCUGGUUAAGGGACGUUUGGGCUAUUGGCUCUGUGACAGAUCGCAUUCAAACGGCUCGAAUUGCUCUAUAUGCUCGGCCUCUGGAUUUGCUGGCCGUUCUCUCUUCGUGUACUAAUCGACCUUUGUCUAUUUCACCACGUCAAUCGGACAAACCCACGGAACUUCCGAGAAGCUUUUCAGAAGGCCCAACUGGCCUAAUAAUUCGGAAGUGGUUGUUUUUCCAUGAGAAUCGCGAAUUAUUGGAAUAUGCUUUCCAUGCAGAGUCAUCCACUGCCACCAACUAUGCCAAUCCAUGGGCCUCGCAGGAAUCAUGGUACUUGGACCAAUCCCCUCGGCAGGAUCCUGACGAUACAGUGAUCUUGGAUUUGCUUCGUGUGAGAUGUGAGACUUUCUCGCAAGCAUGGCGCGCUAUGAAUGAGGACAGAUCAAUUAUAUCCCCAGAAAAUUUACAGAUCCUGGCUUCCUUCUGUAUUGUGACUUCGCUUUUCACAGCGUGCCUGCCCCAGUCGGCUCAGGCUCAAUCGCAAGAUUUGCAGCAAAAUUAUCGGGCCCUAUGGGAUGCUAUAUGCAAUUUCCUAGCGAUACAUGAAACAAGGUUCAUCCAUUCAUGUUUGGAAUUGCUUUCUCCUCUUCUUGGCCCUUUGUUGAGCUCUGAUACUUCUUCCGCCAUCCGGGGUAGCCUCAAGGAGCUCUUAACCCCACUUUCAAAUGUACUUGAACAGCUUCGUCAAAGCUCGAAAUCUCAAUCUUCCGAAGAUUAUGAUCCUAUGGAUCUGGAUGAUCGACUUAUGAGUGAUCAGGCUCAGAUGACGAUCGAUGAGACAAUACUAUCCACGAAUCGUGACGCUUCAUCGUUGUUCCUAGAUCCGAUCACUUACCAACUAUGUGUGACCAUUCAAAUAUCCAUCUUUUUGAGAACCGAUGCAGACCCAAGUUCCGGUCAACUACGGGCAUCAGAACUCGUUGACUACCUGACAAGCCUCGACGAAGCUGAUCUCAUGUCCGCCCAAAACUUGCUACCUGAGAUCUAUCGGCGGUGCUCGGACUUGGCGCCUUCUGAAUUGUUGUCCAUGUUAGAAAACUUGGGUGAAAUAUGCUUACAGUCAUACGAAAUGGAACGAUGUGAAGCUUCCCACUGCCUCUGCAUUCGUAUGAUGGCCAGUUUUGUCAAUUCCUGGGCCAACGGCCCCGAUGAGAACUUGAGAGAUUCAGCCAUGGACUUGUAUUCCUGGUUCAUUGAAGUCCUUUUGGUUCGAAAGAGAGCUUCUCCAAAAUCAUACAUUGCAUUGGCCGAGCUCAUCCGGGGUGUUAUUGACACGUCCCCCUCAUACGGCAACGAGCAGUCUCUGCAGUCCCCCAGAACAAGCCUUUUCACCAUCCUGCGAGAAGGAGACGUUCAGGUUAAAUUCACCGUUGCCAAAUUCAUCCCAACACUGUUUGAGCGCUUCCUUCUCAAAGAUCAUGACGCUAUCUUCGAUGACGUUCUAGAAAGCUUGCCUCGUGACCCGGAAUGGAUCGAAGGUAUAGCUGUUCGUCUUUUUGUGCUUUCCCAGUUGGCUUCGCGGUGGCAUACGUUGCUUCGUAGAAGCAUAUAUCAUCUAUUCGAAACUCCGGCUCAAGUUUCUUCUUCUCUGUGGUACGCUGAAAGAUGCAUUGUUUCUGUUUCUCAUAGCCUAGGCCUCCGGGAUGCAAAGGAACUCUUCCGACUUUUCUCGUCUCAAAUACUGUACACUUGGGCUGAGACGCAAAGCAUAAUGACAAUGCCUUUCAGUAUAUUUGGAUACGAUAGCCUCGGGGAGAUGCUGGUUGAUGUUAAAGACGAAAUCGUUGGGCAGAUGAUGAUGCGCGCAAGGGAACAGGAGACAAUUGAACUGGCGGAACAUCUUGAUGUGCCACACGUCGAACUUCUAGUUGGCUCUUUCUAUAAGGCAGAGGCAUACAGCAUUGCGCGAGAUAUCAGUACCCCUCCAGGGCAAGGCAGUCAGCCCAAAGGAGUCGAGAUUCGGCUCAGAAAAUUGCUAGGUGCAGACCAAUUCAUGACACAGGUUGAAAGCCAGUUUCCGUCCAUUGUUGCAACCUUUUUCAAGUCCCUCGACUACUAUGACCAAAUUGAAAGGGCGUUUUCCAAGCGUGCAAGCUUUGGCUACGCCCACGACAUUCAGAUGCAAAUUAUCAGCAAAAGUGCAUCUCAAAAUGUGCUGCCUGCGAAUCAACAGCCCUCAUUCCGAGCUCGAUAUCUGUUAGACGAGCUCGAGUUCCUUUGCAAACGCACUGGAUUUGACCUUGAAUCAAUAUGGACACCAUCACUGGUCUCUUUCACCUGUCGCUCACUCCUUGAAUCGAUACACCCUGCCCUUGGCUCGCUUCAUGCUUGCUCCGUCAUCCGUAAAAUACGGAUUCUUGUAUGCGUGGCUGGUCCCGUAUUUCUGAAAGACUAUCCGCUUGAAAUGGCGCUUAACUCCCUUCGACCCUUCCUUUGGGACAUUCAUUGUUCUGAAGAUGUCCUUGGGAUAGUCUGGUAUCUGCUCGAGAAUGGAAAGCCAUACCUCCGAGAAAAUCCAGGAUUUGCUGCUGGGACUGCUGUCUCAACGCUUAUUACUCUCCGCAAAAUUUUCCUAUCUUCUCCGGAGAAUACGACCCAGGAAAUUCAGUUUAAAAAGGUGCAAUCAAGCACCCGAAAGUUCCAUCAGUGGCUCAUAGGACUCUUUGGAGACUUGCUUUCCGCAGAAUGGGACACAAAAACCAAGCAAUCCUUUGAUAAGCUAGUGAGCCUCGCCGAGCAAUUCUCAACGUCCAAAGCUUCCUCAGAUGGUCACAUCGGGAAAGGCUUGGUCUUUGAGGUGCUCAAAGACCGCGAUUCUGCAACAUCAUUGCUCAGCAGGCCUGUAGCCGAUACGGUUUUGUCGCUCUUAUGUCCGGAGUUUGGGGCUUCGGAUGCUGAUGAUAGGUCCCUGAACGAUGAUGUGGACCCUGCUUCACAUGUUGUCUCGCUGUGGCAUACACUGCACAACUUUAAUGGCGGACCCCAGUAUCGACUAUGGGCUGCCAGGGUUAUUGGUCGAUCAUUUGCUGCAACUGGAAAGAUCAAUCAACUUCUUCUGCGUGAGCAGGAUCUUUCAUUAUUUGAGGAUACUGAGCCUUGCUUAUCAUCCGACAUUCUCUGUCACUCCAAAGCUAGGAUUCUUCGCGUCCUUUGUGACAUGCUGCACAAUCAAAAUCAUCUCGAAGCUGGUUUGGUUGAGCGGACAUUGCAGCUUAUUGUCAGCAGUAUCGCAGACUUUCCAGAUUACCAAGGCUGUGGUGAUGUGAUCCCUGAAUCUUUGAUGAAAGCACUCAUCUGGAACCCAUACAAGUGCCCUACCAUCGAACUAUCAAUUCUGGAGGAGAAAAGAUGCAAGAAGACGCCACCAGACAUAGAUGGUAUCUCGGUUGCUGAAUGGGCUCGCGAUGUUUCUCUAUUUUUGUCGACUGCUGCCUUGGAAGAUCCUGUUAUCGGAUCUCUUCGCAAGAUUCUCAACGCUGCCUCUGACCUAGCGGUACAGCUGUUGCCGUAUGUAGUCCACGAUGUCUUGCUGUCUGAGCGAGACACAAAAGGCGAAAAGGGAGUAAUUCGAGAGGCCAUUUCAGCCAUAUUCAAGAAGGUAUUGUGUGAGGUGUCGGAGGAUACGUUACCUCAUGCUCAGCUUGUGAUCAGUUGCAUUCUCUACCUUCACAACCAACCGGUGCCGGAUGAAUCAACCAUUGUCCAACGUGAUAAAUGGCUUGAUAUCGAUUUUGGAGAGGCGUCUUCUGCUGCUCAUCGUUGCGGGCUGCAGAAAUCUUCAUUGUUGUUCCUUGAAAUUCAAGCCUCCAAGGUAGUUGCAGGGUCCCGUCGGUCAUCUGUCCUCAAAUAUGAGCUACCAACUGCUUUACUCCAUGAUGUGUACAAGAACAUAGAUGACCCAGAUUUGUUCUAUGGCAUCCAGCAAAGUUCAUCGCUGACAAGUGUGAUGGAACGACUGGAGUACGAAGGCUCUGGGUUCAAGAAUCUCUUGUUUCAGAGCGCGCAAUACGACAGUGGGAUACAGAUGUCAGACAGUGCGGACUCUUAUGGGGUUCUAAAUGCGCUGAAUGCAACGAAUCUCCAGGGAAUCGCCAACACAAUGCUCUCCGCUUCCAGUGGUAUAAAGGAUUCCCCUGUGGCAAUUGAGAGCAUGUUGCAAGCAGCCACCAGUCUUCAAAAGUGGGAUAUCCCAGUCUCACCUUUGGAUACAUCGCCAUCAGCAACCGUCUUCCGAGCCUUCCAGAGUCUCAACAGCUCUGGUUCUUUGCCUGAAGUCACCACCUCAAUUGAAACCGGUCUGUUGACUACCCUUGACUCUCUUAUAGACAACGGUCGUUCCGCCAUCCAGUUGCGCACCUCGAUGCGAGCUCUGGGUAUCAUGACUGAGAUCAGUGACACGCUGCACACCUCGAGUCCAGAAGAUAUGGACGCCGAAUGGAAGAAGAUAAUGGCGAGAAGCAACUGGCUGAAAACCGAAAGUUAUCAUGAGGUUGGCGAAGUCUUAUCAUGGCAUGAGGCAUUAUUCUCGUCGGUCAGGAAAAACGAUGUCCUGAGAUCACCAUCACGGCUGAGUCUCGACAAUUCACGCUUGCUGGAAGCGAAAGUCAUAAGGCAGUCCUUGGAAGUAACCAGAAGUCACGGCAUCUCCCAAGCAUCGUUGAAAUCUGCAAUGAACCUUUCAAAGCUGUCAGAACCCUGUGCAGCUCUGGGUAUGGACAUUGAAGCAGCCGCAAAGUUUGACCUCGCCAAUGUUCUUUGGGAUCAAGGCGAGAUGACAGCGUCGAUUCGCAUGCUUCAACAUUUGAAAGGUCAAGACGAUCUUCACAACCAAGCAAUUCCACUCAGUCGGGCUGAGCUGCUUGUAACUUUGGGACAUCAUGUCGCAGAGGCACGACUGGAAAAGCCCGAUUCCAUUCUUCAAGACUAUCUUUACCCUGCGGUCAAAGAACUCAAGGGAAACUCUGACGGGGAAGAAGCUGGACGAGUCUAUCAUGGAUUCGCAACAUUCUGUGAUCAGCAGCUUUUGAAUCCCGAUGGACUAGAAGACUUCAAGCGAGUGGAGCAACUCCGGGACCGCAAGGAGAAAGAAGUCAUUGGCCUCGAGGAAAUGAUGAAUGCUGCCACUGGCAAAGAACGGGAGUAUUUGAAGAAUUACCGUGCUAAAGCGAAACAAUGGUUCGACCUCGACGACCGUGAGUAUCAAAGAUUGCUGCGAAGCCGAGAGGCUUUCCUCCAGCAAUGUCUCGAAAAUUACCUUCUCUGUCUGCGAGAAAGUGAUACCUACAACAAUGAUGCUCUACGGUUCUGCGCACUCUGGCUCGACAAGUCAGACAUCAAAACAGCAAACGUAGCUGUCUCCCGAUACCUUAGCGAGGUACCCAGUCGCAAAUUUGCACCUUUAAUGAAUCAACUGUCUUCUCGCUUGCUUGAUGUCUCUGAUGAUUUCCAAUCACUUCUCACGCAAUUGAUUUUCAGGAUCUGUGUCGAGCACCCCUUCCACGGAAUGUAUCAAAUCUUCGCCAGCAGCAAGUCCAAGGGAGGUAAAGACCAGUCCUCCGUCUCACGUUUCCGUGCUGCAAAUCAGCUUGUGGACCGCCUCAAAAGUGACAGCCAAAUCGGUCCCACUUGGGUUGCUGUGCAUAAUGUGAACAUCAGCUAUGUGCGGUUUGCAGUCGACAGGCCUGACAGCAAGUACAAAAGUGGUGCUAAAGUUCCAUUGAAAAGUCUCACUACUGGGCAGCGCCUCGGACAAGAUGCCAUCACUUACAAACUGCCACCACCUACAAUGAAGAUCGACCUCCGCGUUGAUUGUGACUAUAGUCAAGUUCCGACAGUUUCCAAAUUCUCCCCUGACUUCACCAUUGCGUCCGGUGUCAGUGCGCCGAAGAUUGUCACUGCCGUUGCCUCUAAUGGCGAGCGCUAUAAACAGCUGUACAAGGGAGGCAAUGAUGAUCUACGACAAGAUGCUAUCAUGGAACAAGUUUUCGAGCAAGUGAGCAGUCUCUUGAAAGAUCAUCAACCUACGCGUCAACGGAAGUUAGGUAUUCGGACCUACAAAGUCCUUCCAUUGACCUCCAAUGCGGGAAUCAUUGAAUUCGUACCCAACACCAUUCCCUUACACGACUACCUGAUGCCAGCACAUCAGAAAUACUUCCCCAAGGACAUGAAGCCCAAUUCCUGCCGUAAGCACAUUGCCGACGUUCAAACCAGAUCCUUCGAGCAGCGAGUCAGAACCUACCGACAAGUGACGGAGCACUUCCAUCCUGUGAUGAAAUACUUCUUCAUGGAGAAAUUCAACAACCCAGAUGAUUGGUUCAGCAAGCGAAUCUCCUACACUAGGAGUACAGCCGCGAUUUCAAUCCUCGGCCACGUCCUGGGUCUUGGUGACAGGCACGGACACAAUAUCCUACUUGAUGAAAAGACCGGCGAAGUCGUGCACAUUGAUCUCGGUGUUGCAUUUGAACAGGGCCGCAUUCUGCCUGUUCCUGAAGUGGUCCCCUUCCGUUUGACACGCGACCUCGUCGAUGGUUUUGGUAUUACCAAGACCGAAGGUGUCUUCCGGCGCUGCUGUGAGUUUACCCUCGAGGCACUUCGCCAAGAGUCGUACAGCAUCAUGACCAUCCUUGAUGUCUUGCGCUACGAUCCCUUGUAUAGCUGGACUGUCUCGCCCCUGCGCAUGAAAAAGAUGCAGGAUAAUCAAGAAGCUGGCGAUGGGCCUCCUCUACUGCCUGGUGCGGGUGUGGCCGAUCAUUCUUCGAGGAAUGAGCCCAGUGAGGCUGAUCGAGCCUUGACUGUCGUGGCUAAGAAGCUGAGCAAGACACUCAGUGUCACUGCUACCGUCAAUGAAUUGAUUCAACAAGCGACUGAUGAGAGGAAUCUUGCUGUGCUAUACUGUGGUUGGGCAUCUUAUGCCUGA